UUAGAUUAGGGCCCUUCGUUGUAUUCCCUUUUGAAUUGAUUGACCUUCAUAGCAGAUCGACAUCCUCCUCCGGAACCUGGUACCUAGAUAGAUUAGAUUAGGGCCCAUGGCUGCCGGCGGUGUGCUGUACAAGAGGACACCUCCUCCGGAACCCCAAACGUCAACGGUCCUCGUCUUCCUACCUCGCCGUCGUAUGAGUGCUAUCCAGAGUUUGGGAGCACAGCCAAAGCGGAUCAUCUUCCUGCCGACGCCAUCGAUGGCUACAACCUCCUCAACACCCACCACCUCUCCCAUGGCUGCGGCGCCGGCGACAAAUACCUGGAUCCAGAUCCCAAUACUGCGAGCAUGAUCGAGUUUGCAAGCAGCAUGACUCCCGAUGGCGACCGUUUCAAGACCCCCGAACGCUCCGACGACUACCUAGAUCAAAGUCCCAGCUACUCCGACGACUGCGCUUUCACCGCGGCGGACCUCGAGCGCCAGACAAACGAGUUCAUAACCGCCGCGCUCGACCACUACAACAGCCAAGACCAGAACCAGGUCAAGUAUGAGCUCGUCCAAGCCAUCACCAGCGCCGCAAUCUUUUCCGCAAGAGGCUUUUAUGGUCAUGUAAACUUCACGGCAAAAAGCAACUUGGAGAACUCAGAGGAAGAGUUCUUGUUCGCGGAGCUAUACUACGAUUCUGAUUCUGAUGUGUAUAAACCUACAUGCAUAGUUUCUCUGCAAGGAAGCGAAAGAGUUGGUGGGGUUAGAGGCAUGGAGAGUGCAGAUUUUGCAGGUGUAUAUUAUGGCAAGGAGAUUCCCGUCGACCCUCAGCAUUGCUAUGCCUGUCUUGAAGAAGUGAAGCACCCCAAGGAUGGUACACUGUAUGAGACCGGUCAUCACGUGGGUGGUCUCUAUGGCUAUUUGUAGCAAUAUAGGAGUAGUUAAUAAGUCGUUUCUGUGUAUAGGAAA